AUGCUCUUUAUAUUAAUACUUGGGAUAACUAUUAUCAGUUCAUUCCUUUCAGCUAUAGUAAUAUUUGGAGACCUGCCAAGUUUUAGAAACACUCCAAUCCACAAACUACGAAAAGCCAUAUUCACGACUACUGAGCAAAUAACUCACGUCUAUAAUUACCUAGAUCGGAAAACCAAUGGAAAACUUUUGAAGUGGUUGAGUUGGUUGGUGCCAUCAGGUUACCUUGCAGUAGUCACAUUUUGCAUUUACCAAUUCUUAGUCAAGACAAUCCCCAUGGUAACCACGUCUAUGAUCGGACCUUACUACAAAACAGAUAUCACAUUCAUUAUAAUUUUAGUUUAUUCCUCGACUAUUUUGGCAAUUUUUUCCGAUCCCGGUGUAGUCAGUUCGAAAAAACCCGUGCCUCACAACUACAAGUUUCAGAAUAACCAACUAAUAUUUUUUAACGACAAGACAUGCAAUACUUGUCAUAUAGUCAAACCACCACGAUCAAAACAUUGUUCAAUAUGUGGUCAUUGCUACUUAUUAUAUGACCAUCACUGUGUAUGGGUAAAUAAUUGCAUAGGUUACUACAACUACAAGUGGUUUCUCUUAUUCUUGGUUGCUAAUAUCAUCAUGCUUGGCUACGGUGGAUAUGUGUGCUACCAAGCGCUAAUUUUUCAAUUCAGACACAACCUUGGUGGGGCAGACAACGGUGGUGCAAACAAUGCAAUCAGUAAAUUUUGGAAAUUAAUUACAAAAACCACCGAUGCAAAUAAAAUAACAGGAAUAUUUUUAAUUCUAUGCAUUAUUUUCAUAAUAAUUACAACAUUAUUUACCGGGUUGCAUUUACAAUAUGUUUAUCUUGGGGUUACCACGAAUGAAUUAGACAAAUGGUCAGAAAUUGAACAUUUGAUUAGAUUAAGGGCUUUAUAUAGAGUCGAGCCCCCAGUUAAUAAUGAGGAGCCAUUUGUGGAACAAGUGUUACUUUCCUCGGGGGAGCCAGCUUAUUUGAGUUUGAAAAGUGAAGAAAUUCUAAUUAAUCGCACCAACAUCAAUAACUUCACUUUAACUUGCAUAAAUUCAAUGGAACACGAAUUAACUAACGUGUAUGACAAAGGGUUUUGGAACAACCUAAAGGAAAGACUUUAG